AUGUCCGCCUUUUUCUCCUCUCUGCGCCCAGCCAUGCGCAUGGCUGGUGCCCCCCAGACCGCCCGCGCCUUCAGUUCCUCGCCCGCUCACUCCGUCGCCCGUCUGACCCUCACCGGCCGUCUCGGUGCAGAGCCCGAGCUCCAGGCCACCUCCUCCGGCCAGGAGAUCAUCAAGUACAACAUCGCCACAUCUCACGGCAACCGCGACAACCGCCAGACAAGCUGGUGGCGCAUCACCAACUUCGUCCCCGAGGGCCCCCAGCGCGAUUUCGUCCUUGGCUUGCAGAAGGGAACUCUUCUGUACGUCGAAGGUGAUGCCAAGAUGACCACUUGGGAAGAUGCCGAGGGCCAUACCCGGUCCUCUUUGAAUGUCGUGCAGCGCAACCUUGAGGUCCUUAAGCGUCCCGAUAACGGCAGCCACGGCGACGAGUCUCACUAA